GGGGCAGCUCGGGAGCAGCCGGAGCGGUAGCGGCGGCGGCGGCGGCGGCGAGGAGGCUCGGCGUCCUCUUCUCUGCAAACCAUGUUUGCCAAAGGCAAAGGCUCGGCGGUGCCCUCGGACGGGCAGGCUCGGGAAAAGUUAGCUUUAUAUGUCUACGAAUAUUUACUGCACGUAGGAGCACAGAAGUCUGCACAGACCUUCUUGUCAGAGAUUCGAUGGGAGAAAAACAUCACGUUGGGAGAACCGCCUGGGUUUUUGCACUCGUGGUGGUGCGUAUUUUGGGACCUUUACUGUGCAGCUCCUGAAAGGCGAGACACUUGUGAACAUUCAAGUGAAGCAAAAGCCUUUCAUGAUUACAGUGCAGCAGCCGCCCCGAGCCCCGUGCUUGGCAACAUUCCCCCCAACGAUGGCAUGCCGGGAGGCCCCAUCCCUCCGGGUUUCUUUCAGCCUUUUAUGUCACCGCGAUACGCAGGCGGCCCCCGGCCCCCGAUCAGAAUGGGAAACCAGCCUCCGGGAGGAGUUCCUGGGACGCAGCCACUGCUGCCCAAUUCCAUGGAUCCCACCCGACAACAAGGUCACCCCAACAUGGGAGGAUCAAUGCAGAGAAUGAACCCUCCUCGAGGAAUGGGGCCCAUGGGGCCCGGCCCACAGAAUUACGGCAGCGGCAUGAGACCACCACCCAAUUCCCUCGGCCCCGCCAUGCCCGGGAUUAACAUGGGCCCGGGAGCUGGCAGACCCUGGCCCAAUCCUAACAGUGCUAACUCAAUUCCAUACUCCUCCUCAUCACCCGGUACCUACGUGGGACCCCCUGGUGGUGGCGGCCCCCCAGGAACACCCAUCAUGCCUAGUCCUGCAGAUUCAACAAAUUCCAGUGACAACAUCUACACAAUGAUUAAUCCGGUGCCGCCUGGAGGCAGCCGGUCCAACUUCCCGAUGGGUCCAGGCUCGGACGGCCCGAUGGGGGGCAUGGGCGGCAUGGAGCCACACCACAUGAACGGCUCGUUAGGGUCAGGUGACAUAGACGGGCUUCCAAAAAAUUCUCCCAACAACAUAAGUGGCAUUAGCAAUCCUCCAGGCACCCCUCGGGACGAUGGCGAGCUAGGAGGGAACUUCCUCCACUCCUUCCAGAAUGACAAUUAUUCUCCAAGCAUGACGAUGAGUGUGUGAUUCCCCCCUCCUCUUCUCCGAGACGCUGAGAGAGCCGACAUUGCAGGCGGGAAGAUGCCAGAAAUUAUGCAAGAAGAAGUGAGGUGUCAUUACCCAGGAGCUGGGGAAGGGGCAUCUCCUGCUCCCCCCCAACCCCCACCCUCUCCUCCACCCCCUCCACCUGUCCCAGUUUUAGUUUCAUGCAAUAAAAAGGCCGAACUUUUUAUUCCAUAAAACAUGAAGGACAAAACUCAAAAUAAAAAUAUAUUUCAAGUCAAUGAGCAGAAAAAUCCCACCCUUCCCCUUUCCCAAAGGACCUUUGAUGUCCUUGACACUUUUCUGUUUUUUUUUUGUUUGUUUGUUUGUUUGUUUGGGGUUCUGCUGUUGUUGGGAUUUUUUUUUUAAUUUGUUUUCAGGGGGGGUUUUUUGGGGAAAAAUUUUUAAAAAUGGAAGCUUCUAGCAAGCCCCCCCAACCCCAUCCCAAUCAACCUCUUUGCUUUCUUCUUUAAAAAAAAAAAAAGGACAAAAAAAAAAUAAAACCAAGCCCCGUUGUCUGUACCCAAGCCCUUCCACCAGGAAAGCUAGUCUAGGUGUGAGAUCUCACCUGUCUUUGUAGCCAUCUAAAAAUAAUAAUAAUUAUAAUAAACUGGGCAGUUUACAAUCGGUGGUUUCUUUCAAACGGCCUGUUUUGGAAAGAAAAAGGAGUCACCCUUUUCCACCUGGGGAUUUCGGUUUGUGCUGACGAGCGAGGGAGGGACGGGAACCUGUUUUGUUUUCGCUUGGUCUCUCCCGGCGAGGUGGACAGCAGCUGCACAGCUUGGACCCCAGACCCCCUCCCCCGUGGCGAGGCCGGAGGGGCCAGGCCCCCAACCGCUUUCAGGACCCCGCCCCAGCGGAGCCUCGCUGUGGCCCGGUUGGCAUGCACUGUGCUCCCAGGACUGCGUCCUCUCUCCUCUGGACCUCUCCUCACCCGGGCUCCCGCCCCUCCUCAGCCCUGCUGCAGGCCUCCCAGUGAGGAUCCUGCCAGCGGGGUGGCGGCUCGGAGUGGAGUCGGGGAGGCCGCCCCCGACAGGAUGGCUGUGACCUGGGACGUGGAAACCGCGACCUCUGCGUCCUCCUCCCUCGCAUCGUCCACGUCGUGUGUGCGGGCAGCGCAGGGCUGGAGUUGGGUUUUCUUUUUUUUUUUCCUCUUGAUUCUUCCUUCUUUUUCAAAGAUGGGAUAUUGACCAGAAUUGCUCUGUAUAUGCUUGGAACUGGAUGGAAAGACUUUGGAAUAGCUGUGGGGGGCGGGGGGGGGACACUGACAACCAAACAGAUGUGCUGUUUCCGGACCUGUUUUUAUUUUCAAAAACCGACAAACGCCACAGUGGAGCCUGUCCCCUCCCAGGAGGAGUGACUCAUGGCCUCCCUCACCUCACCACCCUGCAUCGAAACCUCUGUGUCUUUCCCUGAGACACCUGAAUUCUUUGUACAUUUACACCCCUCUCCCCCCUCUCCCCUGUAGCUGGUCUUCGUUUUCUUCCCUCCUUUGAUCCAUGUAUAUCAUAUUAUGUGAGAUAUCAUCUGCCUGAAAAAAGACCUUGUGCGGAUUAUUGGGAACAUUGUAGCUGUUUCUGUGUUUUUUCUUACCCUGUAGUCUGGUUCUGAAUUAAGAGAGGAAAAAAAAAAAAAAGUAAUUAUGAUACAUUGUAGUUUGUGUACGAUAUAUGUUGAUAACGUUUUAUUAAAGGGACAUCUUUUUU